GACAAAAACAGCAUACACACAUGUCAUGUGCAGGUUAGGGAAAAACGUGAACUUUCAGGCAGGCAGUUAUGUAGCACAGGAAGAGGGGCUACAGGCUUGUUGCAGGAGGGGGAUUUUGUCUUUGUGCCUGAUUAAGAAGUACUGUUGUGUCAUUGAGCGAAUCUUAUAGGAAUUGUAUGUUUUGGUGUAAGAGGAUCGUUCUAGUAGGUAAAACAGCUCUAGGGUUUAUAAAUGACAUGAGAGUGUUGUUGAAGAUUGUUGGAUUGGAUUCAGGAGAGGAAAGACUCGGGGAAAACUAAACCAAGGCUGAAAAGAUGACUUCUCAGAGUUUUCAGAACAUUAAUAAUAUAACACCACUUCAACAGAUGGUAUCUUCUUGUUCUGGGGCUCUGCUCACAUCGUUGUUUGUAACUCCUUUGGAUGUUAUAAAGAUCAGACUCCAAGCACAGAGCACCCCUUUAUUCAAAGGAAAAUGUUUUGUGUAUUGCAAUGGUUUGAUGGAUCAUAUCUGCGUGUGUGAAAACGGGAACGGGAAGGCCUGGUAUAAACCUCAGGGUCAUUUCAGCGGCACACUGGAUGCCUUCAUCAAGAUUGUACGCCAGGAAGGGAUCAAGUCGCUGUGGAGUGGCCUUCCUCCUACACUAGUUAUGGCAAUUCCAGCUACAGUGAUUUACUUCACCUCUUAUGACCAGCUCUGUGCUGCUCUCAAGCUCCGGAUGGGGGAAAAGGCAGAACUGGCACCACUAUUAGCCGGAGCAACAGCUAGAGUGGGCUCGGCUACUCUGAUCAGUCCGUUAGAACUGAUCCGCACUAAGCUGCAGUCAGAGAGGCAGUCGUACAGAGAGCUGAGUGCCGUGAUCCGCUCAGCCAUACACAUCGAGGGAUGGCACACUCUCUGGAGGGGUCUCGGGCCCACGCUGCUCAGGGAUGUACCAUUUUCAGCCAUGUACUGGUACAACUAUGAGAAAGGUAAAACCUUCCUGUGUCACUACAACAAGACGAAUGAGCCGACCUUCAGCAUCGCUUUCAUCUCAGGAGCAGUGUCUGGCUCUAUUGCAUCAAUUGUAACACUGCCGUUUGACGUGGUGAAGACCAGAAGGCAGGUGGAACUGGGUGAACUGCAAGCUAGAAAAUUGUCGCCUCAAGCCUCGUCCUCAACCUAUAUGGUGAUGAAAAGGAUCGUGGCAGAGAGUGGCAUCAAAGGACUCUUCGCAGGUUUCAUGCCCCGGCUGAUAAAAGUGGCUCCAGCCUGUGCUAUAAUGAUAAGCACUUAUGAGUUUGGCAAGGCCUUCUUCCGCAAACAGAACCAAGAGAACAGACAAGUUCUUACACUGCACACCACCAAAACUUAAUCACUCCAUCUGUCACACACUUUCAGUAACUUAAAAACACACAUUUGCUUUAGCUAUCUAAAAUCAAUGUACAAAUACUCUUUUUUUAAAAGUCCUUUUUUUUUUUUUUUUUUUUUUUUUUAAUGAUGAAUCAAGAAUAAGCUAAACAAUGGCCUUUUGCCAGUAAAUUCCGUCUAAAGAGAUUUUGACACCCCACAUAUCCUCAUGUACCACUCAGAUUAACCUGCAUGGUGUGUGUGUGAAUUCCACAGCAAUAGGAAAAUACACUGUGAAUAAAAACUUGCUGUAUUUAAAGGUUAGUUAUUUUAUGUCCAGGUUUGUUGUAUUAGCUGUAUUGCCAAUUCCUCUUAUGCUUUUAUAGAAUUCUUCUUGCGAAGAUCAUGUUUUUUAUCGCUUGUAGGUCUGAAGGUGGGUUUCGUUUCAUGUUUAAGUGCGUUUAGUUUAAUUGAUUAAAGAAUUCAAUGUUGUGAACGAUA